AUGUCAAGGCCCUUGUCUUCCAUCACAAAAAGGAAUGUGACGUGCAAUCCAGAGGUCAUAUCCAUGAGUCCGAACAGUUUCGGGCAAGAGCGCCCACAGUCAGCUGCCGUCCGGAGGCCUUCCGACAGAUCUCCAUCAAAGCUCGAGGAGAGAAUCCAUAGGGCAGUUUCAAAGAUUGCCCAAGGCUUACAUGUAGCCCUGCUGGGUGCCAGCGCAGGAGAGAUGCGAAAGCGGGAGGCAGAUGGGGAGCCGAUAAAGCACAUUUUGCGCGCGCCCUGCGAGGAAAACGUGUGUCGGAUCUUCCGACACUUUUUGCAUCUCAAGGAGGUAGAAGCAGACAGAGUUGCUGCUAACAAGGAGUUGCGUCGGCAGAAGGAUUUGGAAUGGGGGAGGCCCGUGGAGGAUCCCAAAAACCAGGAGGCCGACGAUUGCGCGGCUCCGCUGUCCCGCCUGGGUUGGCCCACCUUCUUCCGUUGGGUGGAGCAAGAAGCAGCUUUCGGGAUCAACCCUGAGUCUCGGCGGGCUUAUGCGGGCCUCUUCCGUGGGGCGCGGCUCUGGCUGAGGAGCUGUGCAAGCAUAGCUCAGCGGAGUGAAGGGCUCUCCUUGGGCCUUCUGCUGUCCUGGACAUAUCCAAAUUCAUCCCACCGGGUGAUUGCGGAACUGUUGGCGUGGCUUGGUGCCCACGAGCUGGAUGAGAUUCGUCAUGAGACGCCGCGACUGAUUGAUGAUGAGGAGCGGAAACAGCUUGAAAGGAUUUACCACGACGCCUAUGCCAAGGGCCGUGCAUUCAUUACUGCAGAUGACAUUGCUGGAGGGGACUUCCAAGACAAACACACCCAGCUGCACACACUGGUAGACUCAAAUCUGGCGCACAAAGUCUUUGGUGAUGCGCCGAGCCUUGUUCUUGAGGGGGUAGACAGGGAUAUCCGUUUACAACUCAAACUUUAG